GAGUUGCGCAUGUCACCCUGGGCUGAAGCGCUGGGAACGGAUCGGCCAAAUCGGCCAAAUGCCCAGCCUGGGCAACGGCUCUGGAGGUGGCCUGCGUCACGUGGCGCUCGCGCGGCCAGCGACUUCCGAGUGACCUCGGAAGUCCCGGGCUGCGAGAUAGAUCCCAAUGACUUGGCAAUGCUGGAGAGGAUCUUGCCACCGGCUCUGUGCCUGGGCCGCUCCAACUUCCAGGGCCUGGGGCUUCGCGCUCGACGAAGCUUCGCACCAGGCUCCGACAUUGCCACGGAGAACGCCCUCACUUGGUGUCUGCCGGGCCAGUCCCAGAUGGGCACGGACAAGGGCUUCAGCGCCGCGCAGCUCUUCCCGGCGGAGCUGCUGUCGGAGCCAGAGAACCGCCGCUGCGCGCUGACGGCGGUGCUGUGCCUCCUUCAUGCGCGUCAGAAGCUGGUGUCGCCCAAACUCGCUGCAGUGGGCGUCUGGUUCCGUGUGACCAGUCGUGGACCCCGGCACUGGUUGAACGGCUCCCAGCGACGUCUGUUGGAACGAAAGGUUCAGACGGUCCGAAAGCUGUUGCAAGAGGCCCGCUUCAAGGGUGCAGCGAUGCCAUUGAAGAUCAGCGACCAGGAGAUUCUGGACAUGGAGCUGCGACGGAUCGGCACGGGGAUCGGCCAAGAUUCUGUGGUUCCUUUGACUUUUGCCUUCCUGAACCAUUCCUGCUGCCCCAAUG